UCGAAGACCUCAGGCUGUGGAAGCUCAUGCUGGUGUGGUUAUGAGAUAGCGAUCGCACGAUAUGGCGCCUGAAGGAAUUUUUAUUAUUUUUUCAUUGUGUCUUGCAACAACCUCUGUGGUGUCCGAUAUCUGUCCUCUGCACGAUCACAACAUCAUAGAGUUUGGAGACACCUGCUAUUUGUUUGUCACUUCCGUAAGGGCAACGUACAGUGCUGCCCUCAGCACAUGUCGCAUAUUUGGCGGAGAGCUGGCUGCGGUAGAAAACGUGGAAACACAGAAGUUCUUACAAGAACAGCUCUCGGGGCGAUUGAACUACUCACAGCCCGUGUGGAUAGGACUGACACGUGCUCAAGACAACUCCACAUUCGCCUUUCCCGAUGGUUCGAUACCUAAAUUCUGGAACUGGGCAAGGGAAGAACCCGGAAACGUCAGCUCUGGAAACGUCUGCGUUGCUAUGGACGCCGGGAAUAACGGAGCAUGGAUAACUUACUCUUGUGAUAGUUUCUUGUCCACAGCCACUCGCCUGGGUCACGUGUGCGAGUUUGCUUCCGAAAACAAGACUGCUGGCGCCAAAACUACGCCCCUGCCAUCCACACCAUCCAUACCAUCCAUACCAUCCUGUUCCGCACUGUCGCAUCCUUCCAGCACUGACCUCGUUGCCUAUGGCAACAGCUGCUACUUGUUUGUCGUUGCUAGGACAGCCAGCUACUACGCCGUCCAGGAUACAUGCAGGGUCUACCGAGGCCAACUGGCGGUCAUCCGGGAUAAAGAUACUCAACUCUUUCUACUAGACCAGCUCACAACCAAGUUCAACUACAGUCAGCCUGUGUGGAUCGGUCUGGUAAGAGAUGAACCACUAGGCCCGUUCCGUACGCCAGAAGGAAUAACUGUGGAGUACCCGAACUUUGUGGAAGAAGACGGAAGCAGCAACAGCACCAAAGGCUGCGUUGCCAUCGACCCUCAGAGCAGCAAUGGCUUGAAAUUGUAUCCAUGUUCAGCUUCUUUCGCCCUCCAGUACAAGUUUGGUCACGUGUGCGAAUUUGCACCAAGUGCAGUUGUGUUUCCAACAACUCAGAUAUCAGCAUGGACAUCACCGACUCAAGAAAUAUCUUCGACAAACCAGGUGACAAUAUCAACAAAUGUAGUAGAAGAAACAACAGAACACGUGACAUUAACAACGACCCAGUCAAUAUCUCCGUCAAGCCAGUCGUCACCGGAACUGAUAUCAUUAUCUUCCUCAUCUACAAAGCAAACCUCAAUUUCCGAGCCGUUGGAGACCGAGACUACAGUGGCAACGUCGACACCAUCAGCAACCCCAUCCACGAUACUCAACACAACCAGAGGCUCAGAACUAGCCGGCUCGGUGUGCCAGCAGUGUGGCGACCUAGACUCAUCGACACCAUGCUCUGAUGAAGAACUGUUCAUGGCCACGACUUCCAAGUGUGAUGAUGCCACUCCCUACUGCAUAAAUGACAUCUUCCAGAACGACGGCCAGGCUGUCUUCUAUAAAAGGUGUGUCAACACGGAGCUGUGCACCCAGCUGUGGUACGUGGAGUCUUCCGACAGAGUCCAGUGCAUACAGUACGACCCAGUCGUGUACACCGAGGACCUCGUGUGUCAUCUCUGUUGCUAUGGCGACACGUGCAAUGGUAACAUUGUUCCGCCAGCGGAGACUUUAUUCAUCCCUCGGUGAAGUCGCAAACGCUGUGACUUUAUAUGCUUAUGUAAUUCUGUACAUCCAUCAAUGAGGUUAUACAUCCUUCGGUGACUUCAUGCACGUCUCAACGACGUUUUAAAUAACUGUUACAACACACA